AGCAGGUGCACUGCUUCAUCAAAACUCGAGAAGAUUGACAUGUUGGGUUUGUCACCAAUUCCGUCAAGCCAGCACAUAUUUUCAAUGGUGAAAUACAAAUCUUCUACAUCUUGCUUCCAAGCAAGUCUUGGCUUUGCUUCGGUCCAGACGGAAAGACAUUCGCCAAUUUCCGUGAUCAUCGAAGCGAUCUGCCCUGAGGCCAGCAAUCAAAGCCCCUAAUCUGUUUGGUUGCGGCUGACACAUCGUCGGUCGCUUGAGAUUGGGCUCAUGGCAUCGUCCAAUUCCACUGCACUUCCACUUCAACGUAUCUCAACUUUCUUUUUCUAAGCCAACCUCCUACGUCUCGUUCCGUUUUUUCCUGCAUUUUCUGAUCUUGCUCACUCUACUCUCUUUAAUUCCCAAAUUCUUUACCACGUCGCUCGCUCAAAAUGGCCACUGUCCUCAAGGUCCCUCUGGCUUCCCCUACCCCUGACAGCCAGCCCAAGCCCCAAGCGGCGCUUACGGCUGACCAGGAGGAAAAGUACAACUGGUUGCUCGAACAAGUCAAAAACUGGAAGGAAGUCCCUGCGACUGAGGGCAAGGCCGGUCCCAUCACCGAUAGAGAGAAGUUCUGGUUGACUCGGGAAUGUCUCCUCCGCUUUCUGCGCGCAACAAAAUGGAAUCAAAAGGAGGCUGAGAAACGCAUCCUGGGCACGCUCACGUGGAGGAGAGAGUACGGCGUCGAGGAGUUGACUGCGGAUCACAUCUCGCCCGAAAACGAGACCGGCAAGCAGAUCAUCUUGGGCUACGACAAGGAGGGCCGCGUCUGCCAUUACCUGAACCCUGGCCGCCAGAACACCGAGGCCUCUCCUCGCCAAGUUCAGCACCUCGUCUUCAUGCUCGAGCGCGUUAUCGACCUUAUGCCGCCCCAGGUUGAGACUCUGUCUCUGCUCAUCAACUUCAAGUCGAGCAAGUCCAGGUCCAACACGGCUCCUGGCAUCGGUCAGGCUCGCGAAGUCCUCAACAUCCUUCAGAACCACUACCCCGAGAGACUCGGGCGCGCUCUCAUUAUUAAUGUUCCCUGGAUUGUCAACGGCUUCUUCAAACUCAUCACUCCCUUUAUCGACCCCAACACCCGCGAGAAGCUCAAGUUCAACGAGGACAUGAAGAAGUACGUCCCCGCCGAGCAGCUCUGGACCGAGUUCAACGGCUCUCUUGAGUUCGACUACGACCAUGCCACCUACUGGCCCGCCCUGCAGAAGAUGUGCGUCGAGAAGCGGGAGGCCAAGUACCAGCGCUGGGUUGCCGGUGGUCAGCAGAUUGGCGAGCUGGAGGAUUUCAUCACUGGGCAUGCUCAGGUUGGCGUUGCUGGUCCUAUUGCCGCUGCCACCUCUGCUCCUGAGCCCACUCCUGCCGCAUCUGCGCCUGCGCCGGCUGCUGAGCCCGAGACCAUUCUUGCUCCCGAGCCUGCUCUUGCUUCCGAGACUGCUCUUGCUCCUCCCCCUGUUACUGCUUCCGUACCAGUGGCAACGGAGGCUCACGACGAGGCGCCAGCCCCGGCUCCCGAGGCUGCUGCUAUUCCAGAGCCCACACCGGCGGCGGUGCCUGUGGAGGAGAAGAAGGAAGAGGAAAAGCCAAAGGUUGUCGCGUCAACUGAGGUCGGAGAGACCACUGCUUAAAAGGUGCGCUCAGCUGUAUAAUAGACGGUGUUGGGGUUAGUCGCAAUGGGUUUAGGUAAAGAGUAGAAUGGUGAUUUUGUCGUGUAUUUGAUACCAAUUAUAGAAAAACUAGGCGCCAUUAGGGUGUUUCUGGUCAGUUAGACAUCAUAGAAGGCGAAGCAUAAUAUCAGUUUAGUUUGAACAAAG